AUGGCUGGCAGCAAUAGCACCGCAUCUACAAGUGGUUCUGGUAUUGGACAAUAUCCUUCGACACAGGGCGCCCAAAAUAUAUGCAAUGCUAACCUAACCGAUAAAUAUCUAAAUUUUGGUCCAUGUACUAAUUCGAAUAAUGCGACUAACUGUGGCUUGAACACAGGUUUCUAUGUUACGCCACACCAAGGUGCAACAUUGAUCAUAAGUAUACAAAUUUGUACCGGUGACGAUAAUCCACCACGGGAUCCCAUAACAAUAAUAAUUGAAGGAAGUAACAGCUCUGGAGCAUUUCUCCCUAUUGGUUCCAGUUGGACUUUGAUUUAUAAUGGAACAAGUGGUCUUGAUGUUGAUCCAGGAGAUUGUAGUGAUCUAUAUGGACAAUGUGAUGGAAUCAACUGGACAGGUCCUAAACAAUGUUGUGGUGAAUCAAAAUGUAUUUUUCAGAACAAUUAUUAUUCACAAUGCCUUCCAUCAUCUGGAGGAUCAGGAUCUUCUAGCAAUACACCUCAUCCAGAAACAACACCAUCACCAUCGAAUACUGGUCGAAAAAAUGGUGUAACAACUCGUUAUUGGGAUUGUUGUAAAGCAAGUUGUGGUUGGGCAGGUAAAGCAUCUGUUACAAAUCCAGUAAAAACAUGUGUACGAAAUGGUAUUACACAAGUCGAUGUUAAUGCUCAAUCAGGUUGUAAUGGUGGUAGUGCCUAUAUGUGUAAUAAUCAACAACCAUGGAAUGUUAGUUCUACUCUUUCAUAUGGUUAUGCUGCUGCAUAUAUAACUGGUCAAAGAGAAUCAGAUUGGUGUUGUGCUUGUUAUUCAUUAAUAUUUACAACAGGUUCUGUUGCUGGCAAAGAAUUAAUUGUACAAGUAACAAAUACAGGUGGUGAUCUUGGUGAAAAUCAUUUUGAUCUUCAAAUGCCUGGUGGUGGAGUAGGUAUUUUCGAUGGAUGUUCAAGUCAAUUUCCUGACGUAAGUAAACCUUUAUGGGGUCAACAAUAUGGUGGUAUUAGUCAACGAUCACAAUGUAACAAUUUACCAGCCGUUUUACGAUCUGGUUGCUUUUGGAGAUUUGAUUGGUUUCAGAAUGCUGAUAAUCCAAAAAUGACUUUCAAAGAAGUUCCAUGUCCAGCUGCUCUUACAGCAAAUACACAAUGUGUUCGAAGAUAG